AUGGAGCUGCCGUGGGUGCUGCUGGCGCUGGCUGGGACGGGCACAGCCGCGGGCCUGGCCCGGCUGCCCUACGUGCCCCGCGUGCCCCCCGUGGCACUGCUGGGGAAGGUCACUGCCACCACCUUCGCCCUGGAGAGACCCUGCUGCGUCUUCGAGCGGCACGCCAACGCCUCGGACACUGUUUGGCUGGUGGUGGCUUUUGCCAACGCAUCAGCCACCUUCAGGAACCCCUCAUCCCGGGCUGACGUGCCCCUGUACGAGCAGCUGCCCACCACCCACUCCUACAUGACUCUGGAGACGGCGGCGGCCGCAUUCGCCUGCCCAGCCCCGAGCCCGGCCGUGCUGCGGGUCGGGGGUGACACGGCGUGCAAGGACCAGGGCAGGCAGGACCCCUGCAACGGGCCCCUGCCCUCCCCAGGGCCCUACAGGGUGAAGUUCCUGCUGAUGGGCUGCCACGGCCCCAAAGCGGAGACGCGCUGGUCCAACCCCAUCCUCCUGCGCAGAGCCCUCAGCCCAAGCACCAUCCAUCCCGUGCCCAUGCGCCAUGGCAGUGACGUGGUGGUCAUCGCCUCCCUCCUGGCCAGCCUGGGGACAGUGCUGGCCACUGCUGUGCUCGGAGCCCUGGGUGCGGCGGUUCCCAACACGCCUCGCCGGCGGGCGCUCAAACAUAACAAACGCUCCCGGGGAAACGAGCCCAACCUGUUUGCCGCGGGGCUGCGGUCGGUGCAGGAAUGUGGGCGGCUGGUGUGA